AUGGAUCACCGUUGGCGAUUCUGUAGCAUUGUGUGCAAGUUUGGAAAACUAGCGCAAUUUUGCGUAUGCGAGUCAACGCAGUGCAUAUUUCAAAAUUUAUCAAUUCAUUUGACCGCAUGGAUGGCUAUGGUGAAACUAUUAACUUGUCAUUUCAAUAAUGGAAAAAUUAAAUAUCUCAUAGAACAGUUGCAUGCGGACUGGAAUAUUCUCGACACUCAAGAGGAACGGGAGAUUAUGAAGAGGUAUGCCUUGAACGGCAGAUGGUACACUUUCGCAUACGCCGUGUGCAUUUACUCUAGUACGUUGACAUUCGGGACAUCGGCGCUUUUACCGCGUAUCAUGGAUGUUAUAUCUCCCCUGAACGAAUCUCGUCCGAUAAUAUUGCCGGUUCCGGCAUAUUACUUCGUCGACGAAGCUAAAUACUUUUACUACAUAUUUUUCCAUCUUCAGUUCGGCGGUGUGGUAUGUCUUGCCGGACUUAUCGCGCACGAUUGCAUCUUCUUAACUUAUGUCGAACACGUCUGCGGCCUUUUCGCCAUUGUGGGAUUUAGGUUUGAACAUCUUUUAUACAAACACAAUAUUGCGGACAAGAGUCUGAGCAAUCCCUCAAAUGAGAUAUAUGUCGAAAAAAUUGCGUUUACCAUUCAACUUCACCAAAGAGCUCUGCACUUUGCCACUAUUAUCGAGAAAACUUUUUCUUCAUCCUUAGCCCUACAAAUCAUGAUAAUUGUGAUUAACAUGAGCAGUACUUUGAUACAACUCUCGGCCGAACUGCAAGGUGAUAUAGUAGCAGUGGUGAAAUACUUUGUAUACAUAAUAUCUCAGUUAUUCCAUUUACUGGCUUUCAGUUACCAGGGACAAAAAUUGAUAAAUCAUAGUCUUGAGACACACGCAAAAAUUUAUAAUGGUUCGUGGUACAACAUACCCGUGAAGUCGCAAAGACUGCUGUUAUUCGCCAUGAGAAAGAGUACAGAAAUUAUUUACUUGUCGGCCGGAAAGAUAUACAUAUUUUGUCUAGAAAGUUUCACUCUGAUUGAGUACCUCAUAGAACAUCUACACGCGGAUUGGAAUAUUCUCGACACUGAAGAGGAAUGGGCGAUUAUGAGGAGGUAUGCUAUGGAUGGCAGAUGGUACGCUUUGUUAUACGCCUGUUUGCCACCGUUCUCGAGCGCACUUUCUCAUCAUCCUUCGCCAUACAACUCCUGA